GCCGGAUACUGCGCGGCUGCAAAGGACAAGACACGUAAGAUAAUUGCGAGUCGAUAGUGGACUUAGCACUUCCCGUCGCAACUCUUCUGUUUUUCAGAUCCAAAUCUCGGCAAUAUGGUGCCAAAUUCUCAAGCCCUUGCGGCUGUUACUGUGGUCAUUUUGCUCUCGGCAGUAAAAUGGAUAUUCGAGGCCUGGCGGUUCAACAAACGAUAUAGGUUCCCUCCGCAAAUACCAGGAGUUCCGCUAUUUGGCAACUCAUUCCAGGUCCCUGAAAAACAGCAGGGCCCUUGGGCCAAAGAAAUGGCCGACAAGUAUGGCGAAAUGUUCACCUGCAAGUUAGGCUCUAGCACCUGGGUCUUUCUAAACUCCUCCAGAGUUGUCAAUGAUCUUAUGGAGCGUAGGGCCUCCAUUUACUGCUCGCGGCCCCCUUUCCCGAUGACCCAGGGAAUCAUGUCGGGCGACUCACGCAUUGUUCUCAUGCCGUACAAUGAGCACUGGAGGACGAUCCGCAGGAUAAUGCACAAUAUUCUCAGUGCUCGACAGCAGGAUGUUUUCAUGCCAUUCCAAGACCUUGAAUCGAAAGCCCUUCUCUGGGAAUAUCUGGAGGUUCCAACUCGCUGGUGGUCAGCAAAUGGGCGCUUCGCAAACUCGGUCAUCAUCAGCCUGAUUUUUGGUCGUCGAUCCAUGCUUGAUGAUCCUGAUCUUAUUGAGCUUUUUGAGACUCAGGACCUAUUUCUGGAGAACCAGCAACCAGGUGUCAACAUCGUCGAUGCAUUCACGAUGCUUGAUAAGCUGCCAAAGUUUCUGCAAUGGUGGCGCCCACGAGGGGAAAGAAUUUUCCGCAAAACACUCAACGUCUAUGAGCGUGAAGUGGAAAAACUAGAGAAGCGGGUUGCUGCAGGCACGCAACGUCAGUGCUUCGCGACAGACUUCUUGGAGACGGAAGAGGCCAAGCACAUGACGAAAGUACAGAGACUGUUCCUCCUUGGAACACUCAUGGAAGCCGGAACCGAUACCUCCAGAGUGACGCUUGGACAAAUUAUAGCUGGUGCUGCCACCUAUCCAGAUUGGGUGGCCCGAGCUCGCGCGCAGUUAGAUGAGGUCUGCGGUCACAAUGCUGAGCGACUGCCCCAGUUUGAGGACCGCCCAAGGCUGAAUUACAUCAGUGCCGUCGUCAAGGAAGGGUUUAGAUGGCGGCCUAACAUAGCGGAGAUUGGUGCUCCAACGAUGUUGAUCAAGGACGACGAAUACGAAGGCUAUCGCUUCCCCGCGGGGACAAUUUUUACCUGGAACGCUUGGGCUAUCGCCCUGAAUCCAAAGGAGUACAAAGAUCCAGAGAGAUUCUGGCCAGAGAGGUUCCUCAAUGGUGAAGAGGAUUUGGCAACAAAGGGACAUUUCGCAUUUGGUCCAGGUCGUCGCAUCUGCGUGGGCUGGAAAGUAGGCGAGAUGAACGUCUGGAUCGCGAUAGCUCGCCUACUUUACUGCUUCGACUUUGAAGAGAUCCCAGAACAACCAAUCGAUACCAUGACAAUCCCUCAGAUCACCAAGUACAAUCCGCCGUUCCAGGUCAAAGUUACUCCAAGGAGCCAGGCCCAUGCUGCGCUGAUCCGCCAGGAUUGCGAAGCGUCUGCGAAAGCCCAAUACUAAAAUCAG